AUGAAUGAAACACCAAACGAAACCACUACGUGGAGUACGUCUACGGACCAAGUCGCGGUGACCAGGACCAAUCAGACAUGGGCCAGCGAGGUUCCGGCAUUAUGGGCCGUGUCUCCCGGGGAGGUUGCCCUCCGCGUCACGCUGCUGCUGGCGAUAUGCGGAGUCGGGGUGACUUUCAACUUGCUGAAUGGGCUGAUGCUGCUCAAAUCGAAGCGGCCCACAACCACCAUGCACCUGCUCAUGUUCAACCUGGUGGUGGUGGACCUGACUAUGUCGCUCACCUGCAUCCCGUUGUCUGUUUUCUUCUCGGCCAGCAACGGGGCAGUCCAGGUGCCCGACGAGCUUUGCAAAGCUUCUGCCUACCUGUUGCAGACAUUAAUCAUAGCCUCACUGCUGACACAGUCAGCCAUCAGCGUCAUCCGUACGGUAGCCAUCACCCUACCGGAGGCCCUCAAGAGGCGACUACCGCCGGCCACCACCUGCAAGAUCAUCGCGUUCGUCUGGAUUCAGGCGUCGCUGACACCGAUGCUGCCCUUCCUCAGUCACGACCAUGUUGUGAAUGAUCUCUUCACCUACCAACCACGCCUCAUGGCCUAUGCGAUAUCAGACGGCCACACCAAAACACCACAAGCACUCUUGUUUUCCGUGAUGGGAUACCUGCUACCCCUGACCAUCAUCUGCAUCAGCUACGUCACCCUGUACGUCUCGCUCCGGCGUCACCUCAAGAAGAACUUCCUUGUCCAGGACAGAGGCAGCCGCCACAUGUACACGGUCCAGAUGAGGGUGCAGGUCAAAGUGGGUUGCCUCGUUAUCUUUGUGAUUUCUAGUACUAUUCUCAUCUGGAUUCCAUUUUACAUCAUGUCGUCUCUCUCCCUCUUCGAAGCGGCCCAGUUCGAGUCGCUGAGCCGAAACGCCUCGGCGGUGUUGAUAUUCGGUGCUUCAUCCGUCAACCCAGUUAUGUACGGGUUCAUGAACACCUCUCUCCGGCAGGAGUUCAAAGCGUACUUGUCGGCAAAACAUCCGAAGAUACUCAAGCUGCUUGGUAAAAUGAAGUGCUGCCGGUGCUGUUGUAAGAAGAAGGCCAAAGUGGACGCAGUUAUCGUCAUCCCGAGGGAACAGAUCCAGAGGUCUAUAGGUAACAAUGAAUGCGAGCCGGGCAGUAUUUCCGGCCAGUUGGUACUGCAGAUCAACCACGAGAUAAGCUUGAAACAACAGUCCGUAUUUUCUAUCAAACAUCCGCUUGAAUUCCCGGAGACCAACGCUGCGCAGCAUCAACACACAGACGCACCGACGGGAGGCAGAGGCGCGGUACCGCCGUUGCUCAAGAGAUGCUCCUGGUCGCAAUCACUGGCUCACAAUGCACGCCGGUUCAGCGAUAAGGUAUCGAGGCGCCGUAGUGGCUCGGAUAGCACCACUGACGGUCGGAGGCAGCUGCCCCUGCUGGAUUUCAACGCAGUCUCGCAACUCCGGGAAGAGAGUCAGGGACUAGGCACCAUGGACUCUAGGCAUCUUCCAAGAACACAUAGACAAUCCAAUCCCGAGAGCGUUUUCCAACAGCCGACCGAUGACACUAAAACCAAGUACAACAAAACCAGGAAUCCAUUAACCCCAAACGCAAAAGAUCCUUCAUCUGGCUACAAAGACGGGUCGGUGGUUGCUGUGUCUCGGUGCUUCAAGAAGCAGCCCGUGUUUGGUGACAUCGUGAAGGUCCGGCGGGUCUUCAUCGAGGAAGUCACGCUCGUCUCCGGCAACUAUGCUGGCUCUGUUGUCGGGGAAACAGACCAAGGAGCCGGGCAUCCACGGACUUCACUCUCGUGUCACCGCGAAUCGGUGUCUUCUGCAGACUCCCAGCUCGUCACCACUACAACCCUGAAGGCCAGUGAGGAUGUCUACGCCACGAUGACGGUACAGCUACCUGGAUGCAUCCAGGCAAUACACGAGAAAUGAACCUGGUGCACAAUAGUGUGCUUCUUAGGGUUCUCGCGUAACAUAGAA